AUGUUUCAGUUCCAAGCUUUUUACGAUAAUAUUUUUCCUGCUGGGGAUGAUAUCAGUCGAGACGUCGAUGAUAACUGUUCACUGAUUCACCUGAAUGACGGUUCUCUUCUGAACAAUUGUCGUUUGCGCUAUAAUCGCAAACAGUUUUACACUUAUGUAGCUAAUAUACUCAUCGCGAUCAAUCCGUACGAGCAAAUUUCUGGCUUAUACGAUAUCGAUAUGGUGCGAAAGUACAAAGGACAAUCACUGGGAACUUUGCCUCCACAUAUAUUUGCAAUUGCUGAUAAAGCUUAUCGGGAUAUGAUGCGUAAUCAUGAAUCUCAAUCAGUCAUAAUAUCGGGAGAAUCCGGAGCUGGUAAAACUGAAUCUCAGAAGCACGUAAUCCGAUUUUUAUGCGAAUCCUGGGGUCAUCUUGUUAACACAAUUGAGCAACGCAUUUUAGAAAUAAGCACAAUUUUGGAAUCAUUUGGAAAUGCAAAAACAGUAUGCAACAAUAACAGCAGUCGAUUUGGCAAAUUCAUUGAAAUAUAUUUCAAUGACAAGGGUAUUAUUGUGGGUGGCUCUGUAUCUCACUAUUUACUGGAACGUUCACGCCUCUGUGGACAAAGUGCGUGUGAAAGAAAUUAUCAUAUAUUUUAUCAGUUGAUUGCGGGUGCUGACGACCAAAUGGCAAACAAAUUAAAAUUGAAUAAACUCGAAAAUUUCAAUUAUCUUAAUAAAGGAUGCAUGCAAUUCUUCCUGAACGAGGAAAGCUCGAGUAAAGUGGUACCGGGAAGAAAAAAUUAUGAUUUGGAUGAUAUGAGAGACGAUCUAAUUGAUGAUUACAAUGAUUUCCGAAAACUGUUGGAUGCAUUCAGUCACAUUAAUAUCUCAGCAGAUAUUCGAGAUGUGGUGUUCGAAAUAGUCGCCGCAGUUUUACAUCUUGGAAAUAUCGAAUUUUUAGAUGAAACAGUCGGUUUCAAAAGCGGUUGUAGUCUUAGAGAAGAAAGUGAAAUGUAUCUGAUUAAUACAGCUGAAUUACUUGGCAUCGAAGUCGCCGAUCUGAGGAAACAUCUUGUGACCCGACUGAUGCAACCGACUAGAGGUGGCACUAAAGGGACACUUUAUGCAGUACCAUUGCGCGCUAGCGAAGCAAAUGCGGCACGUGACGCCCUCUCCAAAGCCAUCUAUAGCCGUUUGUUUACUGCAAUCGUGAACAAAAUCACAGAAUGUAUGCUUUUCGACGAAACAGCCUUUUCAAUUGGCGUAUUAGACACGGCUGGUUUCGAAUCAUUGGAUGUAAAUUCUUAUGAGCAAUUCUGCAUAAACUAUUGUAACGAAAAGUUGCAGAAUUUUUUCAAUGAACGAAUUUUAAUGGAUGAACAAGAUUUAUAUUGUAAAGAGCAAUUACACUAUGAUACAAUUGAAUUCAAUGACAACAAAAAUUGCAUUGAAUUGUUUGAACAGAAGUUGCACGGGAUCUUUGAACUAUUGGACAAUGAAUCACGCUUACCACGAUCCUCAGCGGAGCAUUUCACGAGAACAGUGCAUGAAGCUCAUAUGUACCAUCCUUGUUUAAUGGUACCAAGGUCAUCACGUCGCCAUUAUACGAUGCGUGAUGAUGAAGGUUUUAUUAUUUGCCAUUACGCAGGCGAUGUUUGUUACGAUACUGCUCAGUUUCUUGAUAAGAAUAAUGAUACUUUACAUGGAUCACUACAAUGUCUCAUGCUACAAAGCAGAAAAAGCUUAGUUUGUGAACUGUUUACCGACAGCGAAUUUUCAAAUCCUGAAAAAAGAGAUGUGUCGUUGGGCAAAUUAAUGAAUGCAUCAGUUGGAAACAAAUUUCGCUCACAACUUAAUAUUUUACUUGCAAAACUACGUGAAACGGGAACACACUUUGUGCGGUGUAUUAAACCCAAUUCGGAAAUGAAAUCCAAUCAUUUUGAUGGUGCGCAAAUUUUGCUGCAGCUGAAGUGCUCUGGAAUGUCUAGCGCAUUGAAAGUUAUGCAGCGAGGAUUUCCGUCAAGAAUGUCUUACCUCUCAUUAUAUAAUGCAUAUCAAAAGUAUUUGCCCAGCAAACUUGCAACGCUUGAUGUUCAAUUACUUUGUAAGUGCCUAUUUCGUGUUGUUGGCUUGGAAGAGAAAGAUUACAAAUUUGGUCUCACGAAAGCAUUCUUCCGACACGGAAAAUUUGCUGCGUUCGACAAGCUACUAUAUCUAACUAAAGAAAAAAUUGAAAAUUUCACUGAACGAAUGUCAUCCUGGUUGUGUCGCUUUCGAUUCCGAAGAGCACAGUUUGCAGUUAUAUGCCUAGUCAGAGUGGGAAGAUUGCUGGCAUACAGGGAAAAGUGUCGCAUCAGAAUCCAAAGCGCUGUUCGCACCUUUAUAGUGCACAAGUUGUACCAACCAAGGAUAAAUGCUUUAUCGGAUUUAUCGGCGCUGUCAGAAAAUAUAAAUGGUAUUUAUUCCAUAGUUAAUAAGCUGGAUGAAACGGAUUUACAGAAAUGGACAGCUGUUAUUGAAUCUUGGAAGGAGGAUAUUAAAAAGCUCAAAUAUGAAAUGAAGCAUACCUCAUGUUCAGCCAAUAGAGAAAUCUUACAUCGAUGUGAUGCAUUGGUGAAGGAUGCGAAAGAAAAGUUGAAAUGUUUGAGAAAUCAGGUUGCUACUAGUGAGCUAUUGGGGAUACAGAAGAAAUUUCUGUCAAAAGAGUAUGAAAAGUUGGGAAAGAAACAAGAAAGUCAAGUCAAAAAUGAAUUAAAUCAGACAAUUAGUGAACAAGGACAAGAAGUUCAACAGGUAGCACAGUGUUUGGAUGAAUCAUUGGGACAUACAGAAACCAUGGAAGAGGGAAAGCGUCAGCUGCUAGGAAAUAACCAUGUGAUUCAACCAUGCGAUUUAUCUAAAUGGCAUUAUGUUGAUAUCAGAAAUGGUAUCAAUUCCAAUGAUCUGAAACUGUCGUCAGCAUGCAAAAGCGAAUAUUAUCGUCGUAUGCGAGCUUACAGCGAAUGGAAAGAGCGAAAUUUAGCUUCCAAAAGAUUGGCCCAAAAUAUAGAACAAAACGGAAAUAGAAGCAGAGGUCUGAAGCAAUGA